CAGUUAAAACUUUUUUUUUUUUAAAUAAAGACAAAAAUCAGUUCGUGGUUUAUGCCAGAAGCUGGUUGGUUAUAUGAGGCGUGCGGCAGCCCCGUCUCGUUCGGCAGCAACCCAACACGCACACGCCAGGUAAGAGAGCGGUGACACGGUCCACGGGCGCCUGUCCGCCCCGCGGUGCCUCCUUUCGCGGGAGGAAGGGCGAAGCGCCGCGCCGCGCCCGUGAUGCAGUGGCCCCCCGCUCCCCCGGCUCCCACAAUGCAGCGCGGGCAGCAUCAGCCGCUGUCUGUGGUGCUGAAGCUGAGAGUCGGAGCCGGAGAGCGAGCGCGCAACCCCGACCGUCCUCCCGCAUCCUCCCAGCCUCCGGGGGGGAGACCGACCGACCAGCCAGCCAGCCAGCUGCAGCGGCUGAGCGGAUUGAAGGACAAAGGACGUAACGACGCCAAGUCACAACAGAAAUAGGGGAGGGAGGGGGGGGGGCGUUCACUUUUUUUAAUAAGACGAUUUUUGUAACCUGUUUUUUUUUUUAAUUGCUAUUCCGAAUUUCAGCCCGUGCCGCCUCGCGUCCUUUAUGCACAGCACGCUGCUCCAGACCAUACAGAGAAAACAGGCGUUCGGGGUUUACGAAGCAUGGCCUAUCGAUCUCGCUAGCAGACAUGGAAGCCAACCAGCGUCCGAUCAAGAGUCUGAAGAGCUACCCGGAGGCAGGCGGCAGGAGCCUGGCGGCGGCCGCGGGCGGGGACGGCGCGGGGGGCUACCGUGCCAAUGCGGAUAUGGAGUCCAAAAUCCAGAAGGCCGUGGAGUUUAAGGUGGAGGGCAACCGCUGCUACAAGGAGAAGAAAUUCCGGGAGGCGAUCGGGAAGUACCACCGCUCGCUGCUGCAGCUCAAGGGGGUCCACGAAGAAGGCACCGCCGGCUCCGAGGUGAACCUGCUGGGCCGCACCAGCGCCAGCCUGAGCGAGGAGCAGCGGCGGCUGGUCGAGACCACGGAGAUGGACUGUUACGACAGCCUCACCGCCUGCCUGCUGCAGUCAGAGCUGGUGAACUACGAGCGAGUGAAGGAGUACUGUCUGAAGGUGCUGAGCAAGCAGGAGGACAACUUCAAAGCCAUGUACCGCGCCGGCAUAGCCUUCUACCACCUGGGCGACUACAAGAGCGCCCUGCACUACCUGAAAGAGGCCGCGUGCCGCGAGCCCACAGACACCAACGUGCUGAGGUACAUCCAGCUGACGGAGAUGAAGAUGAGCAAGAGCACCCCGCGAGAGCAGAAGAGUGGCAGCGAAGCCAUGGGCUAGCGACCCCCGUGACCCACAGCCUUCCCAACCCCACCUGCCCCCCGCCCCCUACACCCCUCCCUUCCGCCAGCCCCUGACCUGCAAACUGUUUCCUGUUGUGCCAGGACCCUGGCACACCACGCCAUGCCACGCCACGCCAACCUUCCCGCCACGGAUUCGGUGCCAGGCAGAUACAUGAGACGCCUGCAGAGCUGAAAGAGACAAUGAAAUAAUAACACAAUAAGAAGAAAAUGAUAAUACGGGACAUCACAUACUCUUCAGUACAAGGAGAGGAGGAUCGUCUGUACGGAAGCUGUGAUUUCCGGCAAGGUGGCCCAGGAGUGGGGGCGCUGUCGUUGUUUCUUCCCAGGGGUCUGCAGGACCAGGCACAGCGGGGUAUCGGCCGCAACGUCGCAGAGAGGGGGAAGGAACAGGCCGUUUCCCCAAAGGUUCGUCCCGCCAGUGGCAGGAGCCAGACUGAGAUUUCAUCACCCCGUCCCGCCGGCGCCCCCUGCUGGACGGCGUGAAGCCACCCCUAUUCGGAGCCCCUGGCGGCAGACCGGGGGAGGGGUGUGUGUGUGUGUUCAUCCAGCGAUUUACUCCAACGUGUUAAAACUUUUUUUCCCCCCCCCACGAGGAGGAACACAAAAACAGAAUGCUUUUUGUUUUAAUUUUGAGUUUUUUCUUAACGUUGGAAACAAAAAUCAGUGAGCAUUCAUCUCUGGACAGUGUUUAAUUCAAGGGCUAUUUAGUGUAUCUAAGUUGUUUCUGAGUUCUGUAACACCGUCUGCCCCUCUCCACCUGGUGCCAGCUGGGCAGCCUGAGCGGGCGUGGCGCUCCGUGGGCACAGUUAGAUCACGAGCCAUCCUAAACUGACGUUUCUGCAUCGGCCUGGGCCGGGGAGUUAUUUUGGUGCUGUGCUUAGGGAUGUUCCGGGCUCUUGUGCGACACCAAUCAUCUUCCCCCCUUGUGAGCAGGCUGUCCACAAGCCGUUUUUCUGAGAUGGAGAAUGUCCGACAGAAAGACUGUUAACAGCGCACUAUGAUGCCGAAAUGGAGAGGAUACACACUCUCUUCAUAGCUAUUUCCUCUUAGUCCCGAGUAAAUUGAGUGGGAAGCGUCAGUUGGCUGCAGAUUAAUGAGGAGAGGUUCAUUCCAAGCUGAAAAGUAGGAAGAAAAAAACAAUGUGGUUGUUGAACUGUCACACGCCUGAUGAAUCGCGACAGGAGCGCUGUGUUUUUUCUUUCUUGCUACUUCUCUGCGUGUCUCUUGGUUGUACUACUCUCCUGCAGCUCGUGAGAAAGGUGUCCCACCUUUCCUGUAUAUGACUUCUGGAGGGUAGCCCACCGAUCCAGAUGUUGUGGGUUCGAGCCUGGGUCGUGUCCGGGCUCCCCUGGGUGGGGUCGGGAGGAGUCGGCCCAGGCUGUCGUGGCAGAGGGGCGCCUCUGUGCCUGAACGCUGUGAAACGCGGGCGGUGGGCGCACCCUGAGGCCGAGAGGCCUGGCGUGUCUGUUCCAGUCGGCUUCUUUCAAGGGGAGAAAGAGAAGAGCUGAUGAAAUAUGAAAGAAAAACAGGGCCUGUUGCUUUAAAAGCGGUAGAUUGAUCUGGCAUGCUUGUAUCUGCGAGAGUCUGCUGGUCGUCUGUCCAGACGUGACCGCUGGGCUCCGUGCCGUGGUGCAGAUUAGUGAACAGGCUGGGUUCAACAAGCCCCUUGUGAAGCCACGAGUUGUGUCCUCAUGCCCCCAGAGCUCUGGGAGCCCAGGUUCCUGUCCCGCAGAGCGGGGAGAGAGGUGACGUGUUGUUCCCGGUGCCGGCUGGAGCUGGACCCGCCCUGAGGGAGCAGGGAUGAAGCUCCCGGACCUUGGGCCCAUUUGAGCAGAGUCCAGGUUCAGCGGAGGAGAGGUGAUAGCCGAGCGCUGCCCUCGCACACCGGACUGCUGUCUGGGACGUUGUACCGGUUCCUUAAGACUGUUAAUUACUCGAUUACUUGCAAAGUGACGUCAUAUGUAGCUGCACAACCUAAAUCACGAAAGAACGAGUGUUCAGCGCCUGUUCGAGGUGAGAGUACAAGACAUUCAGAAGAGGUGAUAUGUCUGUAUGAGGCAAAGCUGGAAGUCAUAAAGAGAUUAGUGACGAGCAGUCUGAACCCUUCCGAAUGUUUGGCCAGUGUCUUGUCUAGAGGACAUGGUGCUCAGGUCCCUGUGGUUAUAAGUGAGAUCUCUGGCUGUUGUCUUUUAAGUGUUUGCUGGCCUGUUGAGGGGUGACGUUACGGUCUGGAGACACCUGGGCUGCUGUCUGAACUCCGGGAGAGACUUCGGUUGUGAAGUCUGUGGGUGUGGUCAGCAGGGAGGAAGGGGCUCUGCCCACCCUGGGGACAGACGGGGCCCUGGUGUUGCCUGUCUGUUCCAGCCAGCCCUCAGCGCCGUGAUUUUGAGCUGCAGUGCUUCUGUAUCGGGAGUGAAGGAGAGGAAGGGAGAUGGCUGGCCUGAGGAGGGUUUUCUCAGCGUUAGUGCUGAUUGGCUCCCAGCCCUCUGCCAGUCACAGCGCCCCCUCCUGCCAGACGCAGCACACAGCUUGUGCUCUCCCUCCCCCAGGGCUGAAGGAUCAGCAUGUCCUGAGCAAGCUGGUUCUCGAGAUGAGCGCAGCAAUCAGCAAUUAAACAUUACAGCCCGUUUGUCAUCGCGCUCAAUAGCUCGGAUGACUCACGCGGCCUGGCGACAGGCUUUAGAGUUGGCUUCUGAGUGAUUGAUGUUAAAUGUUGCUUUAGAGAAGGAAACAGGGGGAGGCAAAGUUUAUAUGAACAUAGAAAUGUGACUUAAAGAAGAAAAUGACAUUUAUUGCACUGACAUUAGAAAAGCCAAGACAAAGCUUCAGUACAAGCUGAACCAGGCGUGUUCGUCAGGCUUUUAAAAGAAAGACUGUUGUGAGGAACAAAGGAAAGUUUUUUUUCCCAAAUGGCUGCAAUCAAAGUUUUGCAUAAUUUUAUCUUCUGUUCACUUUUUUCAUUCUGUGAUUUGUUGUUGGGUUUAGAAUUGACCUUCCAGUGAAUCAUCUCUCUUGAGAAAAGCAAUAACCUUCUAAAUGUCUUUAUUGGGGGGGGAUCUUUUUUUUACAAUCGAUGGAGAUAAAUCUGCGCUUAAAUUAAGAAGAUGCAGUGGCUGAAGUGAAGUUAAUUAGACCUUAGAAAUCAGCUUAGUAAUUAAAAGUGUCAGUGAACUGCAAAGCAGAAUGUAACUCUGGCCUGGCCUCCCCUUCUGAUUUUAACCCAGCAGUUUCAAACUGAGACAGGCUCAUUCUAGACUACUCUUUAAAAACUGCUGUCAGGAAGUAAGAUCAGAAGAUCAAGCAUGGCAAUGUCGGGUAGCUUGCAAAGCCUGGUGCAGGUGUUGGUGCCGGUGGCUGAUGUGUUGUGAAGAAAGCAGGAAGCUUCACCUGUUACCCAAGUGUGUAGAAGAGCAUUGAGCAGCGCUUUCACUGACGGGGUUCAGAGCACCGUGCGAGGCUACUGUGCGUCCCCCACCGGGCUCUGGCCUCGUUGCUGUCCGACAGUUUGCCAUGUGAUUUACGAGCAGUCACUACGGAGACUCGUUUGAGAAAUUCAGGAUUCAGGAGGUGUGGCACUCGGGGCGCCCGGCGGGGAAGCCGCAGGGAAGCUGAGCCAGAGCCCCCCAAUGCGUCCUCUAUGAAACGCGGGUGGUGGCCACACGCUGAGGCCGAGAGCACCACCUGUCUCUCAGCAGGGGGCAUCUCGCCCCGCCAUCGGCACGGGGGGGCAGUCCUGGGUGGAGCCCUGGCAGAGGGGUGCAUGGGGAGGGUGCAGGGGGUGCUGCGGCGCUGGCAGUGCGCCCCUCGCUGGCGGGGGCUGAGAGCAGGACUGCCCCGUUGGCAGCCAGGCUUCGUGAUGUAGGCCCGGGGAAGACACUGGUGAGGGCUGGAUCCGUGGUGGUGAGGCAGUCCGAUGUGUGUGGACGUGUCUUGUGUAUAUUGUUGUGAAACACUUAACGGAAGCUGAUGUCUUUAGAUGCUUAACCCUGAGGAGAGCUGGGGCCCAUUUUUGUUUCUCUCCAGGUUGUGUUUUUUUUUGCAGUUUGUCCCAGUGGAUGGAGCGUGGGUAGGGACUAAGUCAGGGCUGUUCCUGGUCCUGCAGGGUCAGCCUGUCUGCAGGCUGUCCAGUCCUGGUCGUGCAGGGUCCGUGUCAGCUGCUCUGAGCUCUUCAGGUGCUGCUGCUUUGAAGAGACACGGAAAACCUGCAGACACACUGAUCCCUCCAGACCCAGAACUGGGCACCCGUUGGCUAAGUUAUCUGAAAUAUGCAGAACUCAGACAGCGUGAAGGAGAAAUGAGGGCAACUACUGUAGCUGUUGUCAUCGAUUCUGACUGAACGGGUGCUCAGCCAGGCCAGGCAGAGUUCGCUGGAGCUGAGCACCUCUCCCCUCCUCAAAACUUUACAGGGUCAGCCCUUCGUGAUGCUUUGGUUCAAAGAAAGAAAGAAUCGAAAGUUUCCUGUGAUCAUCCCUCCUGGGGAAAGUUCCUUAGAUGUGUAGUAGGAUUAAGCUUUCAUUCUGGUUGUUAGGCCACUGCAAAAAGACAAAAGCACAAAUGUGGAAAAUGUUUUCUUUAUUUGUUCAAAGUACUGUUUGGCUGUGAAAGUGUUUUGUUUUGUGCUCAAAGAAGUUAAUAAAAGCUUUAUUUUGGGGGAAGGGGUGGUUAGGGAGACAUGGUGAUGACCAUCUUUCAACCUAGAGCUCUGUGACCCAAAUGUCCUGGUGAGUAUUUUUCUUUGAGAGAUGCUACAUUUAGGCAUUUAGAAUCCCAGCAGGCAGCAGUGUGCAGUGUUAGUGCACUAUGUGUUUACUGUGGACACCUGAGCUCUAGUCAGGCCAUGCACGGGAAGUUAGUAUUCUGUCUGUUCACCUGCAGGGGGCAGUGUUCUGUCUUGGAGUCAGUAGUGGGUCGCAAUCAAUGUUAAUGCACUAGCUUCCAGAGACCCGGGUUCCAAUAGGGGAGCUGGGAUUGUGCCUUUCACCUCCAAAGUUCAUUGUGUUGAAUUCCCAAGGGAAGCGUCGCAGACCAGUUUUUAAAAAACCAGGCGGCGGUCACGGCGAGGGAAAGAGCACGGACUCGUCUCUUCGGACAGGAAGCAGCGACGACAAGCCAUUCCCACACGAAAUCCAUAUCGAAUCUGAAGUAGACCGCGCGUUAACUGUGUAGGAAAAAACAGAGUGCAGAGAUCAAAAGUAACAAAAUAUUUUAAACGUGGUGACCUAGAACUCCUAGCAAGUGAAUGCACUAUGGAUUGAUAUAUGAAAAAUCUAAAUAAAACUUGGAACAGA